UUCACUGAUAUCGCACAAGAUCCAGUAUCGAGAAAUCGUGAUAAUGAAAAAAAUUGCGCUGUUAAUUCUUCCAUCGCGUUCGUCGAAACUCAAUUCAUUACGAUCUUAAUGGGAUUUAUCGGGACGUAACACUGCAUAUCGAUUUUCGCUAAUUGAUGGAUAUAGUAGGUUUUCGCUUAUUGUGAUCCAGUGCGAUGGACCAUUUCGUGAAUUUUUGCGGUGAUAUACACCUUACCACCUUCGAAGACGUGAAACGCUCAUACCUAUCCGAUCUUCCACUUUCUUCACGAAUAUAAUCAAUGAAUUAUUCAAAAUAACGAUGUAGAUUCGUUGACCUCACCUUCCCUUUCUAAGCCAUCAACAAUAAUUUGAACCCGAUAGUCUUAGAUAUCACAAUCGAUUGAAAAACAAUACAGACGACAAAACGGCUCCCGUUCAAAUUGAUAAGUGUUGUGUUGGUAGUGUCGAUCGUCGAAAACCAAAUGAAAUUGAUCGUUAUGCCCGAUUUCGACGAUUUGUUGAAUUUCAAGCAGAGAGUUCGGAGAAAGUACAGCUUGGAGGGCAGAAAGAGGAACAGGAAGUGUCCCGCGGUGCUGAUAUCGGUGAGGCUCACCCCCGAACCGGAAUGUGGAAAAAAAAGCGAAAACACCUCGGCUUCGCCACUGUCCGGUUCCGGUCCUGGAGGUCACAAGGCGUCCUUCAGAAGCACCAAACUCGCUCGCAGGGCGCGCUCCUUCAAGGACGACUUCCUGGGGAAGAUAUCCCAGAUGCGAGGUCCAGUCGGCGGUCAGGGCGUGCGUUCCAACAGCCCAAAGGGGAGGACCUCCAAGAUGGACAUGAUGGAGCAUGUGUAUCGCGAGAACAAGGGGCCCCUGGAGGAGCUGGACGCACUCUGGAAGCAGAUAGAGCCGGCUUUGAAAUAUUUCAGGGACAUCUUCAAAAAACAAAUUUUCCUCAUGCUGGCAGGAAAUGGCACACUCAUUCUAGACAACGUUUGGCACAUCAAUCUGGCCAUCAAGUCAUCGGUGGCUGCCGACUCGAAUUCUAGCGUUACCUCGGCAACCCAGGGGAUGUACCAGAGCGUAGCAAGGUUGAUCAAGCUCUGCGAUGACGUUCUCAUCGAUUGCAACGCCGCCGCUUUCGAUCCACAGAACGUCGAAGAGGUGGUGUCGCAGGUUGAAAACGCUGUCAAGAACCUGAUAGAACUUGCCAAAGAGAAGAUCAGCCAGCAGCAAAUGAACUACAAAACGGUGCCCAGGUUGUCGUCCUACGGAGUCAGCAAUUUGGAAAUAAACUCGCAACGAAACUCCCUGCCUGACAUUCCUCUAACGCCGCGUGAGAGGGACAUCCUUGAGAAGACUUCCAACCACUCGGUUCGCGGCAGUCACAGCACAGAAUCUAUUUUACAAGAUUCGGGGCCACCUCCUAAACCACCACUCCCUGACGGAAUAAUACGUUCAGAUAUCACAAGAUGCAUCACACCACCACCUUUACCGCCAAAGAAAAAAAACAAUAGAUUGAAUCAAAUAUUGGACGACAGUUUCACCCCAGACAGUUCUCCUUCGAUUUUAGAGAGACUUUCUCUUAGGUCGAAAUCCCCUGACGAUUCCAUAUCACUUCUAUCUGGUAGCGGUAGCUUAGAUUCAAUGUUGAAUAUGUCAAGGGAAGAAGAAGAAAUCAAGGCAAUCAUGGAUCCAAUUUACGAUUAUGAUAAUUCUUUUGAAAAUCAUUGCUCGGAUAUUUUCGCUUCAAACGGUUCAUAUAAUUCUUGGGAAGAAUCUUCACUCAGUUCCAGUAUUUCCACUCAUGCCAACUUAAAUCAAGCUCAGUACGACUAUCACAGGCUGUCCAACACUGAUUCUGGUAUAGUAUCGUCGGAGUCUUACAGGUCGUCGUAUUAUUCGAAAAGAAGCUCCCAACAGAGCACCAUCAGCACCCAGCAAGUGUUGAAGAAUUCUGUUAAUUUGUCUAGUGAAAUGGUGAAAUCUGAGAGCUACACCAAUAGUUUGAGUGAACCAUCAGUAUAUCAUUUAAGUGUCAAAAGUCAGAACCAGAAAACGAGUAGUAGUAGUUCCAUAGUGUCUACGACCACUCAGUUCAGUUUGGGAAAGGAUGAAAAUGAUCUGACAACUAGCAGUACUAUUUCUCCGCCACCUCUACCACAGAAAACUAAGAAGAAACAGGAAAGACAACCGUCUCCUUAUGAUAAUGUACCUGAAGGUAAUAUGGAGGGUGAAGUGCUUGUUACCUGUCGAAUGCAUCAAUCUCAUCAGAGCUUGAGCAGUGUUAUAUCCAGUACUGAAGAAGACGGUUCAAAGCCACCUCCGUUACCAAUUAAGAAAAGACACAUAAUGGCAUACAUGGAAAUGUUUGGCAAUUGCCAGUCAAAUGACAACGAUCAAGAUUUCAUGAGACAUUCUGUACACAUGACUCAUGCCCAACAUUGGGUUCAACAAAGCAGUACACCAGGAUUACCAACAACACAGUCUUGUUCUUUUAGUCAAAUUUCAAAUUGUAGUUCGCUGUCGCAGUCACACACUUUGUCCAUACCAUCAACAGAAUCUCAGAGUCGGACACCUUCUCCUACAAUAUCGACCAACUGCGUUCCACCAGCUUUGCCACCGAAACAACGUCCAAGAAUUAGUUCUAGUAAAUCACCACCUCCAUCGCCCACUUCGACGGAGGUCAAAAGUAUCGAAACCGCCAAAGUACUGCCCGAUCUUCUGGAGCAUACCGUAAAUGCCGACACCCUACCCGAGAAGGAAAAUGAAGAAGUCAACAUAUGCGACAUAGACUUGAUGGAGAAAUUAACCGUUGACGAAUAUCUUGUGUUCAAAAAGCCAGAGGAAGAAGGCCCUGAUAUCAGAGGGGGUUCUAUUGACGCCCUUAUCAUACAAGCGACCAAAGCCACAAAGAAUGGAGUUUUCACAUAUCAAGAAGCUUUCUUGACCACCUAUCGUACAUUUAUCACACCGUUCGACCUUAUUUGUAAAUUGAUUAGAAGAUACAAUUUUUUCUACUACAAGACAGAGAAAAGGCCAAGAUCAAGAGAAGCCUUUGCCCUCAUGGUUAGAGUAGUUAGCGAUUUAACGUCUAUAGAUUUAGAAGAAGAACUUCAACAUAAGCUCAUGAACUUUGUUCAACAACUCAUAUCAUGUGGAGAAUUAACUUUAGCUAAAGCAUUAAGGGUAAAGCAUUUAGAACGCCACGAGGCCAAACAAAGAAACAUGCAGGGUAUGAGCAAUAUACUGACCAGUAUUUCCUUGACGCCAAGAACUUUGACAUUGUUGGAUUUCAAAUCGGAGCAGAUAGCCGAACAGAUGACUCUGCUCGAUGCGGAAUUAUUUAUGAAGAUAGAAAUUCCCGAAGUAUUGAUUUGGGCGCAAGAACAGAAUGAGGAACGAAGUCCCAAUCUCACUCUGUUCACCGAACAUUUCAAUAAAAUGUCCUACUGGGCGAGAACGAAAAUUCUUCAAAUGAAUAACAAGGAAACAAGAGAGAAAUAUUUCUUGAAAUUCAUUAAGAUAAUGAAACAUUUGAGAAAAAUCAAUAAUUUUAAUUCUUACCUUGCCCUGCUGUCAGCCCUAGAUUCUGCGCCCAUACGUAGAUUGGAGUGGCAGAAGCAUGUACAGGAGGGAUUGAAAGAGUACUGUGCUCUUAUUGACAGUUCCUCAAGUUUCAGGGCUUAUCGACAGGCUUUGGCUGAGACUCAACCUCCCUGCAUACCAUACAUAGGAUUAGUACUUCAAGAUCUAACAUUUGUUCAUAUUGGAAAUAACAAUCUUCUGCCUGAUGGAAUGAUAAAUUUCUCUAAGAGGUGGCAACAGUUCAAUAUAGUUGAAAAUAUGAAAAAAUUCAAAAAAUGUACAUAUUCGUUCAAGAAAAAUGAGAGAAUUAUUCAAUUUUUCGAAAAUUUCGAUGAUAUAAUACCAGAAGAUGCAAUGUGGCAACUCUCUGAAUCCAUCAAACCUAGGGGUGGCAAAAAGACUACAUAAUAUGCGAAAAAACUUAUGAAAUUAUUUAUUUAACACACCUAUUUUUUGUCACUGGAAAAUUGGUCUAUCUUGUUUUACACAAGUACAUAUAUGAUUUACCUCCAAAAUCUUGCACACAAUACACUGCUCCAAGAAAUGAACGCAUUUCUUGAAUGAUUUUAAAUAUUUUAUUUUUGUGGAAUCUCAGACAUUUCAUUGAUCAUUAAUGAUGGAGGAGCUGAGAACAACUACUUUUUUCGUUUCUCCAAUUUUCUCAUUCACUAGCUGAAAAGAAGUCAAUAGUGUAUUUUCAGCCCUAUUUCAGUAACCUACUUUUGAAGAGACUUUCAUAUGUAUUUCAUAAACACACUUUGCAAGUGUACUUUGAAAUAAAUACCUCAAAAUUUAUAUACACUUUAUAUAAUCUCUUUAUUUCAAAAUUGGAUUCUGUUGCUUUCAUUUCUUAGAGCAAUGUAUAAUUUGCUGGUUAUUUCAAAACGUCAAAUGCCAACAUGGUAGGUAUGAAAACAAUUUCAUUAGAUAUUUUUGAUCGAUGAAACUAUUCUGUGAUCUGUUUGAAUUUUGUAGUCUAUGAUGAUGAAAAGAUAACUGUCAAAUAAUGAUCUAAUAAUACAUAGAUGCGUGAUCUAAAAUGAUUCAAUGAUCCGUUAGUUCGAUAUGUUCAACCAAUCAAAACAUCUGUUGGUUGGGCCUCUAGUCACGAGGUGUAAACAUCGUGCGUUUCACCUUUUUGUUAGAGUUUAUCCUCUCUCUCUCUCUCUCUCUCUCUCUCUCUAUUCACUAUCUACUUAUUAAAAGAUCAUUGUUGUCAAACAAUGCUAUUGAGGCUACAACAGGAAAGGCUAGAGAUAGGGAUUAGUUCAAAAGCAAAGUAAUUUAUCCUCAUAUCUAAAUGUUUGGAAAAUAUCUUAUGUUUCCAAAUGCAGUCUCAAUAAAGUACUUUAAAGAUUAUCUAUCAACGAACUAGCAGGGUUGCCAAUUAGUGAGUAUUUCGAUCGGUUGUGAGAAAAAAAAAGAAUUCCGAAAUUUUCUACAAAUUCAAUUCAUAAAAUGUUGGUAUUGGUGAAAGAUUGUAUUAUUGUGGAAGUCUUUUCUAUUGAUAUCUAUUUUUUCAUGAUAUAAUGUCAAUGUCAUCGUUUUUAUCCCAACUCUUCUAGGCCACUGAGAAACGUCUCAGUAGCCUAAAUCUCUUGUAAAAAUUUUAUUGAAAUGUUUUACUCGAAUUUCGUCACAAGAUGUCUAAUGAAAAUCGAUAAUUAACGCGCCAAAUAUUAAUCGACUUAAGAAUAAACUUUUCAGUACUGAAAUUCAACUUAUGAAUAAUUUUAAAGUUUUGUAUGUAAUUUGUUAGUUCUGCCGGCAACUCUGCAAAAGAACAAUCGUUCAUAAACUUUCUAUUUGAAGGGAAUGAUCGGAAAAGUCAAUAUUUUCAGAAAUUAGAAAAAAUUUAUCUAUGAGUGUUAAAAUUCUUAAAAAAAAUCUUUGAAUAUGCCAUUAUCAUUUCUGUGAAAUCUAGAAACAACGAAAUUUUUUUGGAAUUACAAAUGAUAGACUCAUAAUUUUCAAUUAUAGCGAGUUAAAUGCUUGAAGAGGGUGAAUUGGAAAGAAAAAAGGUUCUAUAUAUACAUGUGGGUUGUUUAACAUGAAGAUUUUGAAUUUAUUCAAGCUGAAUAGUAAAAUAAUCUUAUGAAUAGAUGUAAUAGUAAAUUUGAAUUCUUAUUCACAGUAAUUCAUUUAUUUUUAUCUAUGUAUUAUUCUUGUAUUUAAAAUGUAUCCUCAUUCCUAACACAUAUGAAUUACUGUAUUCAAUGAAAAUUUUCUUUUUCAAUUUUUAAGUUGACAGAUAAGUGUGUCUGUUGUGGUUUAUUCUUAGCACUAUGUAUGCUUUAAAAAGACUGAUCUUUCUUAGUAAUUUUCAUUCUGACAAAGUCAACUUAUCAUUACAGAAGACCAUGAACUAUUUUUGAGAUAUUUUUCUGAUUUUAUUAUCAGAAUUACUAUCUUGAGAACAUAGGAUUUGAUGUUUGUUCUAUAAUACUAUAGUAUUUUAGCACUUCUUCCAAACAUUCUGAAAAUAAAUGUUAGUCCAUAUACUCAGAUCCCAAGAUGGUGGAAAUUUCUGAAACACUUGUAAUUGUGAAUCAUUUAGUUUCAAAGUUUCGUUGAGGUGCUUAUUCAAGUACCAACGACCCAUCGAAUUGAUCUUAAGCACUCUACAUAUUAUACAAUUUAAUUGAAUGACUGAACCUGAAGACCGAAAUCGGAUAGCAGGUGAUCUGAGAUAGCGAGUUUCUGUACAAGUUCAGGUCAUAUUUGGACAUGGGAAAUUUUGGAAAACAAAUAAUUACUUCAAAAAUCGUAACAUGAUCUGAAAAUAGACAAGUCACCUAUACAUGAGUAGGCACCUUUACUACUUCAUGAGAACCUUCAAAUUUAUGGGACCACUAUAUUUUAUAUUGCGAAAUAUUUGAUUUACUACUUGAAUUAAUCAGCAAAAGGAAUAUGUCUAGGCUUUGUUUUUUCAUCAUAAAUAAUGCACUAAUCGUGGGAUCUGAAGUCAAGAGGUAGUUGAAUGUUUUAAGCUAAUAAUUGUUAGUGAGGAGUAACAUAUAGCUGGCCUAAUUACAGAUAAGAUUAAGUAAAUUUCUUCAUUCUCAAACAGCCACGGCUGUAGCUUCUUGUCGUUCAACACUUGAAUGCAAUAUAUUUACACAAAUGUGUCUUUUGAUGUGGCUGGAUUUGUAAUACGACGUUGCGGUUUAAUUUUUAUAUAAGCAUACAAAAAUUUAUAGCAUUCAGUUUUUGAGGAAUAUCUGUUUAUAUAGCUUUAAGACAUGUUUUGAAUUAAAUUUUGCGACAUCGUUGAUUACUGAAACUUUCUUGCCAUGUUUCAGUGCAAUGCAAUAGUGAAAUUCUUAAAAAUAAUCUUUAGCAACAUCCCUUUUGCUCAUUCAUUGCUCUGUAUGUAAGCAUCCAAGUCACAUACUUUCUGUGAUUGUUUUCUUUUUAUAUUUUAUUGUUGUGAUUUUUACUACUAUGAAUGCAAUUUUUAUUUAAGGUGUGAGAUUUGAAAGAGAAUUUUAAUUACCAUCUUCAUUUAUACAAAAUGCCAUUAUCUACAAUUUGUGCCAUUUUAGGUUGUAAAAUGUUUAACUUUUUGUGCAAGUAUUACCUUCUAAUAAUUGUUUUAUUUAUUCAUAUUUUUUGUAAAUAAAUGUGUAUCAUAUGUGCACAUGAGAUAAUUGUAAUUUUUGGUAUUUGCUUUAAUAAUACAUACUAUCAGUAGUGUGUAAAAUGUACCUAAUUAAAGCAAUGAAAACUA